AGGAUUGUCUAUCACCGAUGAUAUGUGUUUAUCUGUUGGAUUGGAAGACUUACUGAAUUCCACAUCAACCGGCCGCUGGUGGCUAGUUGGUUCAGCAGUGAAUCGGCCAUCGGACAUUUGCACAAUUAAGUCCAAAGAAGAAGAAAAACUAAAGCCAUAUGUGAAUCCUGAGAUUGAAGCUGUUGCAGAGAAGUUGGGCCUACGUACUGCUUCACGUCAGUUGACUUUUAGUAUUUUGGUUUCUACUCCCGGUGGUCCAGAUGCUACAGCAUCAGCUUUAUUGAAAGCUUGUCAUACUUCUGCAAAUUCAACUGGUGUACAACUUGGAGCAGGCGCUGUAGCUGCUCGUGAAAGAGAAAUGAUACAUAUUGUAUUGCAUUGCGUUAUGUCUGAAAUGCCCUUCAAUCGUUUUUAUCCACGGGUAUUGGGUGGUAUUCUUAACUGUCAUCGCCGGUUUUUGAUGAUGAUUAAAUGUGGAUUUUGGGAUAUCUUGAAUAAUACUAAUCUAACUGUAGAGGCUAAAUCGAAUGCUGGUCGUGCUUUAGGCUUAAUUUGUCUUGUUUAUAACUUUCCACUUACUGUAUUAAAGAAUUACAAUUUUGGGGAUAGUAGUCAAGGGAAUAUUGCCUUCCUGCAAUAUGCAAUUAUGGAAUUAUGCAUUGGUGAAUACCAAAAUGUCUUAACUAAAUUAAUGCAAUUAUCAGCUUAUACAAGACUUUGUCGAAAUUGUCGAAUAUUUAUGCGUAAACAUUUUAUCAACGUGACAGAUGAUGAGAAAGUCGAUAAAAAUACAAAAGCUGUCAUUGCUAAACUCGUUAUAGAUAUGCGUGAAGCCGAAUCAUUUUGAGGUUGUCUCCUGUUUUCCAUCAUGUCUUAUGACUUGUUUCAGCAUUUGUACAACUCCAUGUAAAUAAAUGUUAAUCUUGUAUUUUCAUCAUUUAAUACAUUCUUUGCUUGAAAA